UACCCCCACAUCACAUUGGAAACUUUAACUUGUGCGCUUUUCGUCGUUCGUCUUCAGCAAUCGUUGUUUAUCGUCUCAUUUGCUUGCUUACUCAUCGGGGGGGAUGGCGUUUUUGCUUAAAAACAACUCCAUUUCAUCUCACCUCCGAUCUUAUCCCCAGAAGAAGGAUGGUGGAGCUCUAGGUCAAUCCCGUCGGGGAUUCCAUGUGGAGCUAGGUGCUCGCGAGAAAGAUCUUUUGGCUGAGAACGAUGCAUUGAGGAGAUUCAAGUCGCAUAAGAAAGGAGUGCGUCAAUUGAAACGAAUUGGAGAUGUGAUCACUGCUGUCGUUGUUGCUGGGUGCUGCUAUGAGAUCUAUACGAGAGCAACAGUUAAAAAGGAAGCUUAGGCUGCUGCUUGAGGAAGCUCAUGUGUCCUCUCCUUUCGCUUUUAUCAUCAAUCUUCCCUUUUCUAGCAUAUGUCUCUGGGAAUUCAUGUUGCCUAAUUGUUGCUCAGCGGUCUCUGAAUAAGUGAAUAAACGAAAAGGAUUUGGUAUUUUGUUGUUUUCGAGAAAUGGAAUAAACCAGAAAGACUCGUUUGUUGAGCUCGUAAACUUGAAUGAUUCGUCAAAUGUUAUUUCUAUUAUCGCUU